AUGGAAAUGGCGGAUUCAACUGACGCUCUCAUCAUUGGUGGCGGCCCAGCCGGUCUUACCGCUGCCCUCACUCUCGCUCGUCAACAGCAGACUUCAAUCAUUUUUGAUGCUGGAACCUAUCGAAAUGACACCGCGGACUAUAUGCAUUUGAUCCCAGGAUUUGAUCACAUCAAGCCAUCAGAGUUCCGUGGAAAAGCCAUAGAGAAUAUUCUCUCAAAUUAUGACCAUAUCCAGUUUAAGAGAACCGCUGUGUCCAUCGUCAACAAAAAGGUGUCAGGUGAAGGCUUCACCCUAAGGGAUGAAAAAGGAAAUGUAUGGAAUGGCAAGAAGCUCAUUCUUUGCAGCGGUGUCACAGACAUCUACCCUAAUAUUGACGGCUACGCUGAGUGCUGGGGCAAGGGAAUUUUUCACUGUCUGUUCUGCAAAGGUUACGAGGAGCGAGGUUGUAUUUCAGCUGGUGUUCUCGCCAUUGAUGGACUUUCCAAGUCCCCUUGGGCUCUGCACGUCGCUCGGCAAGUAUCCGCACUCACCCAGACUGUCACAAUCUACACAAAUGGCUCUGAAGAUCUAGCCAAGGAAGUGAGUGCAGAUUUUGGAGCUUCAGUUGUCAUGAAGGUAGACUCUCGCGUAAUCAAGCGCCUCUCCAAGCAAGCUGAGAAGGCAAGCGUGCUUGUGGAGUUCGAGGAUGGAAGUAGCGUUUUAGAAGGAUUUAUAGCCCACACACCCGCGACAAAGCUUCAUGGUCAGUUUGCAGAGCAGCUGGGCUUGGAGCUCACCCCAAGUGGUGAUAUCAAAGCAGGUCCUCCCUUUUAUCAAACCACCGAGAAGGGUGUUUUUGUGGCCGGUGACAACUGUGGAAUUUUGAAAAACGUUCCCCAUGCUAUUUUCUCUGGUUCUCUCGCUGGAAUGGGAGUCUCAACUCAAAUCGAAGCAGAGAACCAGGGGCAGAAGCCCCUGUUUGUUUAG